AGGACAAGCGGUGAGGCCCUGCCUCAGAGCACCCCAAACUUGACACCAUGAAGAUCCCAGUUCUUCCUGCUGUGGUUCUUCUCUCUCUUCUGGCACUCCACUCUGCUCAGGGGGCUUCCCUGGGUAGUUCUGAGGAGGAAACCACCAUUGGUAAUUAUGCGGCAGGCCCUGAGGCCUUUAACACUAACUUCCUGAACAUUGACAAGUUGCGCUCUGCUUUUAAGCCCGAUGAAUUCUUGAACUGGCAUGCCCUCUUUGAGUCUAUCAAAAGGAAACUUCCUUUCCUCAACUGGGAUGCCUUUCCUAAGCUGAAGGGUUUGAGGAGUGCAAUUCCUGAUGCCCAGUGACUGUUCCCUUCAAGACCAAGCACUGCUGAUACCCACUGGAAGAGGGGCUAGUGUGGGCUCUGGUCACCAUUCUAUAAGUGCUCUCUCUGGGCUCAGUAACACCAAUAAAAUGUUUUCCAAUCUA